AAAUCACAGAGUAAAGAUACAAAAUUAAAAAUUAUACUCUUAUCAAUGGUCAAAAGAAACUCGAAAACAAAACUAUUUUGAGUGGUUUUAGCGUAAAUAGUCAGUGAAAGUAAAAUUUAGACAACCUGGGUUGAAAAUUAAACUGUCCUAUCCCAAAUUUAUACGGUAGUUAAUGAAGUCGCUGUUGUUCGAGUCGUGAAUCACCUAGUUUGUCUAAGGCGCCACAUCUGAGUGCGCAGGGCUCCAGCGCCCCGGCUAGCAUGGCGCAACGGUUCCCGGCGAGCGCGCCCGGCGCGGCCCCGCCGCAGCAGCGAUAUCCCGGCCCGGCGCAGCCCCAGGGCUCCCCGAUGCCGCCCAGGCCGUAUGCGGGACCUACUUUUCCGGCGCGGACGGGCUUCACGCCGCCGCCGGCCGGCGCCGGGCCGGCGGGCGCGGCGCGGGCCGGAGGCGCGUACGGCGCGGCGGGCGCCCCGCUGCCGCCCGGCGCGCCGCUGCCGCCCGCCGCGCCGCCCGGGCCGCCCGCGCGCGCGGCGGGCCCCGCGCCGGCGCCGCCCAAGCGCCCGCUGGACGCGCGCGCGCCGCCGCACAAGCCGCACUACGCCGACGGCUACGGCGCGGGCGGCAAGCGCAAGAAGCGGCUGGCCGACAAGAUCCUGCCGCAGAAGGUGCGCGACCUGGUGCCGGAGUCGCAGGCCUACAUGGACCUGCUGGCCUUCGAGCGCAAGCUGGACGCCACCAUCAUGCGCAAGCGGCUCGACAUUCAGGAGGCGCUCAAGCGGCCCAUGAAGCAGAAGCGCAAGCUGCGCAUCUUCAUCUCCAACACGUUCUACCCCGGACAAGGCGACAACGCGGUGGCGUCGUGGGAGCUGCGCGUGGAGGGCCGCCUGCUGGACGACUCCAAGAACGACCCCAACAAGGUGAAGCGCAAGUUCUCGUCGUUCUUCAAGUCGCUGGUGAUCGAGCUGGACAAGGAGCUGUACGGGCCCGACAACCACCUGGUGGAGUGGCACCGCACGCUCACCACGCAGGAGACGGACGGCUUCCAGGUGAAGCGGCCGGGCUACAAGAACGUGCGCUGCACCAUCCUGCUGCUGCUGGACUACCAGCCGCUGCAGUUCAAGCUGGACGCGCGCCUGGCGCGGCUGCUGGGCGUGCACACGCAGGCGCGGCCCGUCAUCGUGCACGCGCUGUGGCAGUACGUGAAGACGCACCGGCUGCAGGACCCGCACGAGCGCGAGUGGCUGCUGUGCGACAAGUACCUGGAGCAGAUCUUCGGCUGCGCGCGCAUGAAGCUGGCCGAGGUGCCGGCGCGCCUGGGCGCGCUGCUGCACGCGCCCGACCCCAUCGUCAUCAACCACCUCAUCUCCGUGGAGCCGCCGCACGACGCCAAGCAGACGGCGUGCUACGACAUCGACGUGGAGGUGGACGACUCGCUCAAGGCGCAGAUGAACAGCUUCCUGCUCAGCACGGCCAACCAGCAGGAGAUCCAGGGGCUGGACGCCAAGAUCCACGAGACCGUGGACACCAUCUGCCAGCUCAAGACCAACCGCGAGUUCUUCCUGAGCUUCGGCCGCGACCCGCAGCAGUUCUCGCAGCGCUGGCUGGCCAGCCAGUCGCGCGACCUGCGCACGGUGGGCGGCGGCGCGGCCGGCAACCCCGAGGAGGAGCGGCGCGGCGCGCUGUACGCGCAGCCCUGGGCCGGCGAGGGCGCGGCGCGCUACCUGCACGCGCGGCUGGCGGCGCGGCGCCACGCGCUGGACGCGGCGCUGGCCCCGCCGCAGGUCCCGCGCCUGUGACGGCUUCUACCUUAAGAUUAUAAUAAAUCUCAUUUGUAUUAUACAA